CACAAUCUUUAAUGUUCGCGUCUAACGACAAAGAGGGGUGAAAUUUUGAUCUCAGCGCCGACACCUUCAAGUUUUCUACGACUCUUUCAGACCUGACCAUAAAUUCGCCCGGCAUGGCGGUCAGUACUGAAUCGUUUCUGCACCUAGCGCGACCUCUUGCGCCAGCAGUCAUUGGAGUUCAGCCUACUACAGCCCCUCUAAAUGUUAUACUUCAACCACAAGCUGUCUUCUCGAUCCUCGAUCAUGCGAUACGACGCGAUAUCAGGGAUACCCAAUCAACACGAGUGAUUGGAGCUCUUUUAGGUAUCCGCUCUGAGGAUGGCAUGGAGGUGGAAGUACGAAAUUGCUUUGCAAUCCCACAUACCGAGAACGAGGAUCAAGUCGAGGUCGAUGUUGAGUACCAGAAGAAUAUGCUGGCAUUACAACUAAAAGCCAACCCCCGAGAGGUGUUGCUGGGAUGGUACACCACAAGCCUUGAGCUCAACAGCUUCAGUGCCUUGAUCCAGAACUUCUUCGCCAGCCCAGAGACAGGAACCUUCCCUCACCCCGCUGUGCAUUUGACCGUCUCUACUGAAGCUGGAAAGGAGAUCGACGCGAAAGCAUAUAUCAGUGCUCCCGUCGGGGUCAACGCCGAGCGUGCAGCAGAAAGUUGUCUCUUCAUACCAGUCCCUUACGAGAUCCGAUAUGGCGAAGCUGAGAAGAGCGGUCUUGAGUUAAUUUCAGGUGCGAAGGACAGUGAGAAUCGUGCAGCACCGGUAGUCUCGGAUAUCGAGGGGUUGGAAAGAGCAGUGGAUCAGUCAAUUGACCUUCUCGAACGGGUGUCAGAGUAUGUCAGCUCGGUUCUAGACGAAGAACGAGAGCCGUCCAAUGCAUUGGGACAGUUCCUCAUGAAUGCUCUAUCAUUGGCGCCAAAAGUCGAUGCUCAAGACAUUGAGCGUGACUUUAACAAUCAUAUCCAAGAUGUGCUUGUGGUCUCGUAUCUUGCAAAUACAAUCCGCACCCAGAUCGAUCUAUCUCAACGACUAGCAACCGCUACGCUUACUAUGGGAGGCUCGGACGCUUUAGCAGCAACUGGAGGUGGAGAAGGUGGAGGAGACAAAGGACAGCGUGGAGGACAGAGAGGUGGCAAGCGUGGUGGUGGCGGACGGGGUGGAGGGGGACGAGAACCUAGGGAACCAAGAGAGCCUGCUGAGUAAUGAUAGUCAUGACUGAAAAUAGUUUUUCGUUUUGACUGACUCAGCUGUGCAUUUCUUCGCAUUGUACAGGAAUGGAAAAAUUGGCGUUGGGGUUGGCUCGGGAGCCUUUCGCAUAGAAUACCGUUCUUCACACAAACAUGGUCUUCCAACAUUAAAAUCACAU